AUGAUCGACACCGACAACCUUCGUACAGCAUCGCUGUACAUCAACAAUCAGCUCCUCUCGAGAGGACUCCUUCGCGAUGGCCAGAGCAUUGAUUUUGCCAGUCCGGCAAUGUUUGAUGAUGAAGCUGCCGCGACAAUGGGACGCAUCGUGAGCGUCCUCAACGACUUGAUUCUACGGCGCGAUCGCGACGCCGAGCAUCGCGAAUCGCUCUCUGCAACCAUGCGAACCCUCCGCGCCGACAACCUCAAGCACACAAACGACAUUGCGCGCCUAGCAGAGAAGCAUACCGAGGCCAAGAGGAAGCUCGACAUCGCCGAGGCGUCCGAGGCCUCCCUCAAAUCGCAGAUGAAGUCGGCUGAUGCUGCUAUCCGCGGCUUGAAAGAAGAGGUUGCCCGUACAAAGGGAUUGGUCGCCCAGGCGCGCGCUGCUUGCGCAACCGAUGUGCGGCGUCGCGAUCGCCAGAUUGAUACCCUCAAGAAGCAGCUCGGCGAAGCUGGUCGCGCUCGAGGGGCGAGAGGAAACCCUGCCGUGACCUCGAUUAUUGUCACAGGGGACGUUGGCGAGCAAAAGUCAUCCCCAGCACGAGGAGGAAGCACAAAAUCAGAUGACUAUGAUCUGCGCAACGAGACAAACUGUUUCCUAGCCAAGCUGGCCCAGAACCUUAGCGAGGAGAACGAGGCCAUCCUGACCAUAAUGAGGAGGACGAUGAAGCAACUACGCAACAUGAGCGGGUGGAGCAACGAGAAUGAGGAUGGCCUCGUUGUUAAGCAAGAGGGCUGGGAGGACAUGGCCGCAGAGCUGGACUCUGUGCUGGACCACAUGCGGACAAUUCUCACCAACCCGUCCUUUGUGCCUAUCGAGGAGGUCAUGGUCCGUGAGGAGGAAAUCAGCCGCCUCAAGGAUGGUUGGGUCAAGAUGGAGAGCCGCUGGACUGAGGCCGUCCACCUUAUUGAUGGCUGGCGCAAGCGAAUGGCCGCCAAUGGCAGGCCCAUCUGCGAGGAGGAGCUCCAGAUGGGACUGCGACUCAGCCCUGUGCGUGUUAGAGACGUGGCAGAGACAAGACAGGCGGUUGGGCUGAGACUCUCGGCUGUGGCUGAGGAGCCUGAGGAUGAUAUGGAUGUCAUGAACUCGCCGUGUCCUUCGGCGCACCGGUCUCCCCAUAUGCAGACCAUCGACGAGUAUGACCACGACGACCACGAGAGCGACCCCGAAUCCGAUUUUGACGACCAUGUACCCGUGGAAGAGUACGAUGUGGAGGAGCCCAACGUUCAGAUCCUUCAGCAGUCAACAGGGGUGCCCUUCAUGCAACAUGAGCCCAACUCUUCUUCGCCUCUACCAGAACCUCCCCAGAUGACGCCUCUACGAGAUUCUUCAUCAGCGGGCAACCGUGGCUCUGCGCGACUCAACAGGCAUCCCAAGAAGCAUGGUGACUAUACCACCAUUGUCGAGGAGGAUACCUGGGAGAUGGCCGGAUUGGCUGAUCCUCUACCCAUCCGAGCGAACCGGGACCCUCUGGACCGUGUCUCCUCUGCUUCGUCCCUCGAAGAAGUCCUCCUGGUCAAGUCCCCAGAGCCUGCGCCUCAGAUGAGUGAGACGAGGGCAUCCACUCCUCGCCGAGGAAGUCCCCGACGCAGUGAUAGAGCGUCUACGCCCCAGCAACAAACCCCUCGCCGUAGCGACAGAGCAUCUACUCCUCAACAACAGAGUCCUCGACGAAGCGACAGGGCUUCCACACCUCAUCGAGACAGCCCUCGACGCAGUGUAGAUCGACCCGACUCUCGGUCAGGGACUGCGCCGCCAUCUCCCAACCGCUCCCCACGCCGUACCGCCUCGCGCCUCCCACUGCCUCGAAACAUCGACCCGGCCCCUCAACAGAGCCCUCUCACAAUGGCCACCAUUGCCGCCAAGCUGGCUGCUUCUGAGCGAGAGGCCGAUGCUGCCCGAGUACGGGCCAAACUCCGUGCUGCUCGCGGCACCCGCGGCGUCAAGAAGCCCACCAUCACCAGGUCACAGCCAGAGCCAGAGCCGGCGGCGCAAGAGCAAGACUCUCAGAGAAACGGGCUCGAGGACGUGGACCCCGUCAAGAGGGAUCCCACGCCACCAGCAGAGGAGCAUCAACUCAAGCCCGAAAAGAGACGGCGUGAACGACGAACAAGCAAGACGGCCUCGCGGCGGAGGAGUACACUAAGCCCGUGGGAGCUAGAGAGCUUGAUCACAGGAAAGGUGCAACAGUGA